GAGCCGCUCUCCCGCGGGAGGCGGCGGAGCAGCGCGGACCGCAGCGCACCGGGGCUGCCGAGCCCCUUCCCUCCUGCCGGGACAGCGGCGGCGGCGGCAGGAAGCAAAAUGAUGGUCCAACACUCAGGCCAGGUAUCUGCAUUAGAAGUCAGCGCCUCCGCAAUUGUUCCCACUUUGUCCCCUGCAGGGUCACUGGGGUUUGAUGAUUUCACAAAUUUAACCCCCUUGGUGAAGGAGGAACUGAGGUUUGCCAUUCAGAACAAGCGUCAGUUCCACAGGAUGUCUUCCACUUUGGACACAGUGACUGUUUCUGAAAGGCCAGUUGAAACAUCAAUGCUGAAAACAGAGUUUUCUCCUGAAGAGGAUGAAAGAAAAAAGAGAAGAAGGGAAAGGAAUAAAAUUGCUGCAGCAAAGUGCCGAAACAAAAAGAAGGAAAAAACAGAAUGUUUGCAAAAAGAAUCAGAGAAGCUGGAGACGAUCAAUGCAGAGCUGAAAGCCCAGAUUGAGGAGCUGAAGAACGAGAAGCAGCAUUUGAUAUACAUGCUCAACCUGCACAGGCCCACCUGCAUAGUCCGUGCACAGAACGGGAGGACACCUGAAGAUGAAAGAAAUCUUUUUAUUCAACAGAUCAAAGAGGGCACAUUGCAAGGUUAAGUGAUACGGCAAACGUGGAAAUAUUUAAAAUGUUUUUAACAGCUACCAG